UUUCGAGUCUGCAGCAGAGAAGUUUGGCGCGCAAUUCUGCGGAGGUCUGGCGGGAAAGCUUGCUCAAUUGGCGCUCUUUUUUUCCCCAUGACUUCGUGUGUGCAGUUGUUUCCAAUCCAUGUUUUAUUCUUAUGAUUAUUUUUGCACUAGUAGUAGAACUCCGCAGGCAUCCCUAACUAGUUGUGUCUGAAAUUAUGGGAUGCAUCGUCAUGGCAACAGACCAGACGUCACAAUCUGGGCAUGUGUGUUCCAUCCCCCCUCCUCCCCGGCCCCCCUUCUUCUCUUUCUCCAAUGUGUGUUUCUUUUCUUGUUUUUUUCCAGACUGGCAGCCCCGUCUCUCUUUUUUUGUUGUUGUUUUUGCUUCGAGAGACACAUGAGCGGAUCUCGGAUCAUCACAUUUGAAUGUUUGUUUUUCAUCACAGAGCUGCGGAUUUAGCGGCGGCUGACGCGAAGAGCAAGAGGAGGAGGACGACGAGGAAGAGGAGGAGGAGGGGGAGGAGAGCGGCGUGCCGAGGGUUAACUUUCACCAUUGUUAGCCUAAAAGGGGGCUUUUUGGAGGAGGAGGAGGGGGCGAUGAGAUCAAGAUGCCCGGGUCGCUGAGCAAUGAAGACGAGGCGCAGGACGACAUGGAUUUUGACGACGAGAUGCCAGAUGAGGAGGACGCGCGCACGGCGCUGCCCCUGGCGUCUAUCGGCGGCUUCUUCUCGGAAGACGGCGACUCCUUCAAGCAGCAGCAACAGCAGAAGAAGAAGAAGAGCAAGAAGAUGAAGGAGGGAAAGGUGGCCAAAAUCAAGAAGCGGAAAAAGGAGGGAGGCAUCCAGGUGAGCGUAGACAGCGACCGGGGGUCCGAGGCGGAGGAGGACGAGGCGGACCGUCCCGAGCGAGGCUCCGGGAGCGAGAGCAGCAUGUUCAGUCCCUCCAAGAAGAAGAAAAAGAAGCCCAAAGAAAAGAAAGAGCGGAAGCCCAGGAAGAAGAAGCGGGACGAGGAGGACGACGAUGACGACGAUGACAACGGCAGCAUGAAAGAGCCCAAAUCGUCCAGCCAGCUGAUGCUCGAGUGGGGCCUAGAGGACGUCCAGUACGGCUUCACCGAGGACGACUACAAGACCAUCACCAACUACAAAGCUUUCAGCCAGUUUCUCAGGCCUCUCAUUGCCAAGAAGAACCCCAAGAUCCCCAUGUCCAAGAUGAUGACGGUCCUGGGGGCCAAGUGGCGCGAGUUCAGCGCCAACAACCCAUUCAAGGGCGCGUCUGCCACCGCCGUGGCGGCCGCCGUCGCCGCCGCAGUGGAAACGGUCACCGUGGCGCCGCCCACCUCUGUGAGCCAGCUGAACGCUCAGCUGGGGCCCAUCAAAAAAGCCAAAACCAAAGAGGGAAAAGGGCCCGGGGCUCGAAAGAGGAGCAAGAGUGCGAAAGACGUGAAGAAGAAGGUGAAGGCAAAGAAGACCAAAUCGAAGUCGGGCCAAAGCGGGAAGAAGAAGAAGACGUCCUCGAGUGACGACGACUUCCUGGACGAGUCGGACUUUGACGACAUCAGCAUUCUCAGUGCCUCGGUGCUUUGUGAGGCCUCGGGGGCCGUCGCCCCAAAGAAAAAGGCCAGGCGGGGACGCAAAAAGAGGAAAAAGGAGGACGGCGACGGCUACGAGACGGACCACCAGGACUAUUGCGAGGUUUGUCAGCAGGGCGGCGAGAUCAUCCUGUGCGACACGUGUCCGCGGGCGUACCACCUGGUGUGCCUGGAACCUGAGCUGGAGAAGGCCCCCGAGGGCAAAUGGAGCUGUCCGCACUGCGAGAAGGAGGGCAUCCAGUGGGAAGCCAAAGAAGAGGAAGACGAGGAAGAGGAGGAGGCGGCCGGAGAGGAAGAGGACGACCACAUGGAGUUUUGCCGAGUGUGUAAGGACGGCGGGGAGCUGCUGUGUUGCGACGCCUGUCCGUCCUCCUACCACAUCCACUGCCUCAACCCGCCGCUGCCCGAGAUUCCCAACGGCGAGUGGAUUUGUCCGCGCUGUCUGUGCCCGCCCCUGAAAGGCAAAGUGCAAAAGAUCAUGCACUGGAUGUGGGGUGAGGCCCCGCUGCCCGCCGAGCCGCCGGCGGCCCCGGACGGCCACCCCGCCGCCGACCCCCUGAGCAAGCCGCCGCCCCUCAAGGGCCACCCCGAGCGGGAGUUCCUGGUCAAGUGGGCCGGACUGUCCUACUGGCACUGCUCCUGGGCCAGCGAGCUGCAGUUGGAACUCUACCACACGGUGAUGUACCGCAACUACCAACGCAAGAACGACAUGGAUGAGCCACCGCCGUACGAUUACGGCUCCGGCGAGGAGGAGCUCAACAGCGACAAGCGCAAGAGCAAAGAUCCGCAGUACGCCGCCAUGGAGGAGCGCUUUUACCGAUACGGCAUCAAGCCCGAGUGGAUGAUCAUCCACCGCGUUGUCAACCACAGCUUUGACAAAGACGGGGACGUGCACUACCUGAUCAAGUGGCGAGACCUCCCUUACGACCAGUGCACGUGGGAGGUGGACGACUUCGACGUGCCGGAAUACGACAGCCAUAAAGCAUCCUACUGGGACCACAGGGAGCAAAUCUUAGGCGAGGACCAGCGCCCCGCGGUGCCGUCGAAAGGAGGACCCGAGCUGAAAGAGGAUCAGCCCAAGAGGGAGAUCCCUCCGGACGCUCCCAUCAUCGACCCGACCAUCAAGUUCGAGCACCAGCCGUGGUAUAUCAACGCCACCGGGGGGACGCUGCACCCGUACCAGCUGGAGGGUCUCAACUGGUUGCGCUUCUCGUGGGCGCAGGGCACCGACACCAUCCUGGCCGACGAGAUGGGCCUGGGCAAGACGGUGCAAACCAUCGUCUUCCUCUACUCGCUCUACAAAGAGGGUCACUCCAAAGGUCCCUUUCUGGUGAGCGCGCCGCUGUCCACCAUCAUCAACUGGGAGCGGGAGUUUGAGAUGUGGGCCCCCGACUUCUAUGUGGUGACCUACACCGGCGACAAAGACAGCCGCGCCAUCAUCCGGGAGAACGAGUUCACCUUCGAGGACAGCGCCGUCAAGCUGGGACGCAAAGCUUUCCGCAUGAAGAAAGACACGCCCAUCAAGUUCCACGUGCUGCUCACGUCCUACGAGUUGAUUACCAUCGAUCAAGCCAUCCUGGGAUCCAUCACUUGGGCUUGCCUGGUGGUGGACGAGGCCCACAGACUGAAGAACAACCAGUCAAAGUUUUUCAGAAUCCUCAAUGGCUACAAGAUCUACUACAAGCUGCUGCUAACUGGAACUCCUCUUCAGAACAACUUGGAGGAGCUUUUCCACUUGCUCAAUUUCCUCACGCCGGAGCGAUUCAAUAAUCUUGAGGGCUUCCUGGAGGAAUUUGCCGACAUCUCCAAGGAGGACCAGAUCAAGAAGCUCCAUGACCUGCUGGGCCCGCACAUGCUCAGAAGGCUCAAGGCGGACGUCUUCAAGAACAUGCCGGCCAAGACGGAGCUGAUCGUGCGGGUGGAGCUCAGCCCCAUGCAGAAGAAGUACUACAAGUUCAUCUUGACGCGAAACUUCGAGGCCCUCAACUCCAAAGGCGGUGGCAACCAAGUGUCCCUGCUCAACAUCAUGAUGGACCUGAAGAAGUGCUGCAACCACCCCUACCUCUUCCCCGUAGCUGCUGUGGAAGCUCCCGUUUUGCCCAACGGCUCGUACGACGGCAGCCAGUUGGUCAAGUCGUCGGGAAAGCUGACGCUGCUCCAGAAAAUGCUGAAGAAGCUCAAGGACGAAGGCCACAGAGUUCUCAUUUUCUCACAGAUGACCAAGAUGUUGGAUCUGCUGGAGGACUUCCUAGAGUUUGAGGGUUACAAAUACGAGCGCAUCGACGGCGGCAUCACCGGGGGCCUGAGGCAGGAAGCCAUCGACCGCUUUAACGCACCAGGCGCUCAGCAGUUCUGCUUCCUGCUCUCCACUCGAGCCGGAGGCCUGGGAAUCAAUUUGGCCAGCGCAGACACCGUCAUCAUCUACGACUCAGACUGGAACCCUCACAAUGACAUCCAAGCUUUUAGCAGAGCGCACCGCAUCGGCCAGAACAGGAAGGUGAUGAUCUACCGCUUUGUGACGCGGGGCUCGGUGGAGGAGAGGAUCACUCAAGUAGCCAAGAGGAAGAUGAUGCUGACCCACCUGGUGGUGCGGCCCGGCUUGGGCUCCAAGACGGGUUCCAUGUCCAAGCAGGAGCUGGACGACAUCCUCAAGUUUGGCACGGAGGAGCUGUUCAAGGACGAGAUGGAGGCGGCGCGCAACAUGGGGGGCGACAACAAAGACGGCGAGGAGGGCAAUGUGAUCCACUACGACGACGACGCCAUCUCCAAGCUCCUGGACCGCAGCCAGGACGCCACGGAAGACACGGAGAUCCAGAACAUGAACGAGUACCUCAGCUCCUUCAAGGUGGCCCAGUACGUGGUCAAAGAGGAGGACGGAGAGGAGGAGGUGGAACGCGAGAUCAUUAAGCAGGAAGAGAACGUGGACCCGGACUACUGGGAGAAGCUCCUGCGCCAUCACUACGAGCAGCAGCAGGAGGAUCUGGCCCGCAACCUCGGCAAGGGCAAGCGCAUCCGCAAACAAGUCAACUACAACGACACCACCCAGGAGGACCAAGAGUGGCAGGAUGAUGUUUCAGACAACCAGUCGGAGUACUCGGUGGGGUCCGAGGACGAGGACGAAGACUUCGAGGAGCGGCCGGAAGGUGGACGCCGACACUCUCGCCGUCAUCUGAGGAACGACAAAGACAAGCCCCUCCCCCCCCUGCUGGCCCGAGUCGGCGGCAGCAUCGAGGUUCUUGGCUUCAACGCCCGGCAGAGGAAAGCCUUCCUGAACGCCAUCAUGCGCUGGGGCAUGCCUCCCCAGGAUGCCUUCACUUCCCACUGGAUCGUGCGGGACUUGAGAGGGAAGAGCGAACGCGAGUUCAGGGCCUACGUGUCUCUGUUUAUGAGACACCUGUGCGAGCCGGGCGCCGACGGGGCGGAGACGUUUGCGGACGGUGUUCCGCGCGAGGGGCUGUCCCGACAGCACGUGCUCACCAGGAUCGGGGUCAUGUCGCUGGUCAGGAAAAAGGUGCAAGAGUUUGAGCACAUCAACGGAAAGCUGAGCUCGCCGGACCUUAUCCCCAUUGGCAUGGAGCUGAAAAAACUGACCGAGAGUGUCUCGUCAGACCCUAACACCCCGAUACAGGCAAGCCCGGUCGCCACCCAGCCCGGGACGCCCAACCCGCCAGAGAAGUUGGAGGGUCCCGUUGAGGAAAAGGGCGCAGCUGAGCAAGACGGCAUGAAACAGUCGGAGCAGGAAACAUGUGCGGAGCUGGCGCAUGCAUGCGAAGAGGAGGAGGAGGAGGCGAACCGACGUAAGGAGAAGGAAGCGGCCGACGGCGACCAGACCAAGGCGGCCUGCGAGGAGAAAACGGGAGGAGAUGACAAAGAGGACAAACCGGCAGAGAGGACGGUUAGUCAGGACUCGCCUAAAAGUGAGAGUCAGCCCAAAGAAGCGGAGAAGCCUCCUGAGGGAGAAGACGGCGAGGAGAAGGAAAGCAAAGCAGAUGAGGUAAAAAGCGAGGACGCCGCCAUCGCGGACACUCGCCUGAAUGGCGACAAAGACGCGCCGGAUGAAUCGGAGGAUGCCCGGAAGGAGGACAAGAACGGAUUCAAAACCAAGUUCAUGUUCAAUAUCGCCGACGGAGGCUUCACAGAGUUACACACGCUGUGGCAGACGGAGGAGCGGGCGGCUCUGUCGUCCGGCAAAAUGGCCGACAUCUGGCACCGUCGGCAUGACUACUGGCUGCUGGCGGGCAUCGUCACGCACGGCUACGCGCGCUGGCAGGACAUCCAGAACGACCCGCGCUACGCCAUCCUCAACGAGCCCUUCAAGACCGAGAUGCACAAGGGCAACUACCUGGAGAUGAAGAACAAGUUCCUGGCCCGGCGAUUCAAGUUGCUGGAGCAAGCGCUGGUGAUCGAAGAGCAGCUCCGGCGCGCCGCCUACCUCAACAUGAGCCAAGAUCCCGGACACCCCGCCAUGGCUCUCAACACGCGCUUCACCGAGGUGGAGUGUCUGGCCGAGUCACACCAGCACCUGUCCAAAGAGUCCUUGGGCGGGAACAAGCCGGCCAAUGCCGUGCUGCACAAAGUGCUGAACCAGCUGGAGGAGCUCCUCAGCGACAUGAAAGCCGACGUGACGCGGCUGCCCAACAUGCUGUCCCGCAUCCCGCCCGUGUCGGCCCGCCUGCAGAUGUCCGAGCGCAGCAUCCUGAGCCGCCUCACCAGCCGAGGUGGUGAACCCCCCCCGCAGCAGACUUUCAGCCAGGGAGGUUUCACGUGCUCCCAGCUGUACGGAGGCACAUUUGGCGGUGCGUUCAGGGCCUCCGGGGGACAGCCCAUGGUCAAUUACAGUCAGAUGCCUCUCGGGCCAUAUGUCAGUGUGUCCAACGGUCCUCCCAGCGCUCACCUGGACAAGAAGACCUUCGAAUCCCUGCGAGAUGCGGCCACACCCGACCUGAAGUCCGGCAAAGCCAGCGAUGUCAUCUGCAUCGAGGACUGACACGCUUUCCUCCUCCUUUUGGUUUUCAUUCGCAGACGUAUUGAAUCUGAAGAAUUGCACUUUUACCUUUGCAGAGGUUUUUUUUUAAAACUUGAUAUAUUUAACUGAAAAACCUCCGGCAAGAUGUCAGGACUGAGGUAAAAUGUGACUUUGUCCUCUCUUGUUUUUUUUUUUCUUUUUCCAGUGGACAUUUGAAUGCAGUUUUCCUUCAUGUGUUGUUGUCAUUCAUGUCGUGUUGAUUCUUUUUUUGAGAGCCUCUUCAUGGAUGCAGUAAAUGCCUGAAAGUGCGCCACCGGCUGGUCGCGACGGUCUUUACCUCACGCGGAUGGUCUCAUCGGUGACACCUGCAGGAUCUCGAUAUAUUGCAGCGUGUUUUGAGUUCGAUACUUGUGAUGGUUUCGGUUUUGAAUGUUGGCAGCACUCUCAGGACGGUGGUGGGCAACCGAGGGCUGCGGGGCCGUAUGUGGGCCCUCGUUGGAACUGAUUGAUUCGCCUUGGUUUGUGGGACUGCUAUUCUGUGAGUGAAGGAUUUUCCUUGAUGUUUAUAUUGAUUCCCCAACACAAAAGAUGCCUUUUCUUUUAUGCUUUGACCGUUUUUAAGACUGCGAUGGGACCAUCAAGGCUGUUUUGUCCUCAGUCCUCCGCCAAGACUUUUGUUUGUGGUUUUGUUUCAAAUCAAGAAUGCUGUCUGCUUUCUACGCUUGAAACCCUAACUGGCAACCCAGUGUUGAAAUGCUAAUUUGGAAGCCGGCUGGUUUUAAGACAGAGAUGGGACCGUAAGAGCUCAGUUUGGCCACAAUCCCGUUUUUUUCAAAUCCAGAAAGCUUUCUGUUUUCUAAACAGUCAUCCAUGGCUUCAGUCAUCUCCAGUCGUUUGUGUUUUUUUGAGAUUGACUUCCCCUUAAAGACUGCAAUGGCACCAUCAGUGCUUGCCUCAGUCCUCUGCAGUCAUUUUAUAUACCGGUAUAUAUAUUUUUUUCAGGUUAACCUGCAAACCCAAAUUCUGUCUUGAACCCCAACAUUCAAACCCUAACUUGGUUUUAUGACAGCUGUGGGAGGUUUUUGGCUCAUUCCUCCAUGAGCAAUUUUGAACUUUUGUGCUUUUUGUGUCAAAUCAUACAUGCCCUCCAUUUUAAAGUCUGCAAACCCCUCCACUGUCUAACGGAAACACAUGCCCCGUAGGAAACACUCACCCGGAUUAUUUUAAGACCACGAUUAACAUGGGCUCCAAUUUCCAUCAACUCACGAUGUUACGGUUUAGCUCCACAAUGCGUAAAAUGUGGUAUGUAAGAAUUGAAAUCAUGUCCUCUGUGAGAUGAUUGCGGUGGAACGGCAAGUCAGGUCACCCUCCGCCAUCAUUGUCUUGAUAUGGAAGCGCAAGAAAUCCACAAUCCCCCUGCCAGCAUAUUUAUUUCAUCAAACUGUAUUUGUAAUUUUUUUAUGCACUAUUUAUUGUUUUUGUUGUUGUCGCAAACGACUGCUUUGCAGACAAAACCUCAAACGUGUAAAUAAAGCGUCUAAAUUGAAUUAAAAAAAAAAAAAGAAUGUCCGCCGCGCCGUGACCUUGAGGGGACGUCAGCGACAACCUGUUCUGAUCACAUGCAAUCAAACUGGAGUCGGGAUGAAUGUACUGUCUACUAAAAACAAACAAACCAAGACUUCAGUCUAAUGUUAUAAUAAAAUCUUGCGUAUGUACAUGCUUCUAAUGAACAUGGCUUCAAAAGCUAAAAAAGUAAAAGAAAAAAAGACCAUGACGAGGCACCUUUGGUUGCAGUGAAUGCACAGCUUCUGAAGCUUUUUCUAUGGCGGUUCACUUUGGGCUCGUGGGGCGUCCCAAGACGCACACGCACGUUCUUCUUCGGACUUGUGCUGUCAAGUGACUGGACGACCAAGUGUGAACGGUCAUCUUUUGAUUUGUACUGUGGAUUUGUUUCAUUGUGUUUUAAUAAAUCUUCCGAUGACA